UGUGUGAGUGUGUGUCUGAUGGAAGUGGGAGGUGCGAUGUCUGUAAGAAAGCGAACACAAGAGCUGAGUGGUGCAUCAGUGGAGGAUGGAGUUUCCACUGAGGACUAUGUUGCUUCUCUCUCUGGGGCCGCUGCUGGCUCGGGAAACCUUUACCAAGGACGAUAUCAAGCUGUAUGAGACGGCAGAUGUGAGGGUCUCGGAGGGAGACAGCGUCACACUCCAUUGUUGCUUGAGAGCCGUCAACCCCAAAAAGUAUAAAGUGAACUGGUUGGAAAAUGUGGGUCAAAUUCUUCACCAACCGACAGCCGUGAGGUAUGAGGGAGAGGGCUGUGGUUCGGCCCUGUCAACUUCGAACAACGGUGCCUGUGGCUGUGCCACCCUGACCCUUCCCAACGUCACCCGCAACCACGCUGGGCGCUACGUCUGCAAGGUGACCAUGGAUAAGCCCAUGCUUAUUCAGUCUUUGGGAAACGGCACGAUGAUCACUGUCACGGAACGACGGAGCCCAACCAACGGAACGACACAAAAAAACUCGGCUAAACACCCUGCAAUGUCCUUCCCCGUCAUCGUUUCGCUGGGAAUAGUAAUGGCCGCUGCGUUCUUUGUCACUCUGAUAUGUCUGUGGAAGCUGCGAAAGAGACAAGGGUUGGACCGAGCAGCAAGGGUGAUCUAUGAGGUUCCCCACGAGGACUCUGAGGUGGACGGAACCAGCACCAGCUCGUCCAAAGGGUCCUCCCAGUGGUGUCAGGUACCCGUGUAUGAGUCCUUCGACUACUUUGAGCGUGUGGUGGAAAGCAAGGGAUGAAGGAGUCUCAAUCUGUUGUUUCCCUUGUUGGUCUUGCAAAUAUCUCUGAUACGUUCUGUCAUCUUCUGCCUCCAUCCAUUUUGUUUUUUUCAACAAGCUAAUUUAAAGUCAUACAUUAACUGUGAAAUAGCAAAGAAGCCUUGCCAGGUUUAAUAAAAAAAUAUUGUACAGUAUGUUAUUGUGAAUAAAGAUUUUUAAUAUAGUCA